AACCCUAGUCCCGUCGCCGCCGUCUUUACUCAGUCUCCGGCGACAGUUUGCGUUCAUAAUCUUCCCCACGACCAGCGAAAAUCUCCGAGCUUAUUCAUCUCUUUUCAAUUUUUUUAUUGCCGGAGGACGAUAAUUAUGCUAUUCUGAUCUGAAAUUCUCAUUGAGCUCGGUGUUUUUUUUGUUCUACUAUCGAUUAUUGAGGAAAAUCGAACUUGUAAAUCGACCAAUGUUGGACGAAAGCGAAUUCGAUGUGCAUUUGAAACUCUGGGCGCUAAGAAUUCCCAGGGAACUCUGUAAAUCCGCCAUUAAAAUACUGAACGGGUACUUAAUUGAUAGGCCCCGGAUUAAACCUGUUACGGAAGAUCCAACAUGUGAUAAGAAUCGGUAUGUUAUAUUAUCGGAAAAAGUUCAAUCUACAGAGUUGUCCGAAAUUCCAGAAAUGAAGCUUGAAGAACUGAAAGGUUUAUGCGAGAUUGAACUAGUUCCUUAUUCACUAACUCUUGGAUAUUCUUAUUGGGGAACAGAUCAUGUACUGAAGCAGAUUCUGCCUCAUGGAGUGGAAGUGCCAUCAUCUUUUGAAACAAUAGGUCACGUAGCUCACCUUAAUAUACACGACGAAUUGCUCCCUUAUAAGGAAGUCAUUGCGAAGGUUAUUUACGAUAAAAAUUAUCCGAGAAUCAAAACAGUGGUAAAUAAAGUGGGGUCGAUAACAAAUGAGUUUCGGGUUCCGAAGUUUGAAGUUCUGAAGGGAGAGAAUGAUAUGGAAACAGAAGUGAAGCAAUAUGGAGCAACUUUUAAGCUUGACUACAGUUUGGUCUACUGGAACUCAAGAUUAGAGCAUGAACACAUAAGACUGGUUUCACUGUUCCAACCAGGAGAGAUAAUUUGUGACAUGUUCGCCGGUAUUGGUCCUUUUGCUAUUCCAGCUGCCCAGAAAGGCUGUAUAGUAUAUGCCAAUGACUUGAACCCGGAUAGCAUUCGAUAUCUGAAGAUUAAUGCAGAAAUCAAUAAAGUCGGUGAUCGUGUUCAUGUUCAUAAUUUGGACGCUAGGAAGUUCAUUUCUCAAUUGAUGACCGUGCCAGACAAUGAAUGUAAUUCGGAAUCUGUCGCCUCAGUUUUAAAAGCUUGUGAGAAAGUUCAGGUGGAGGAAGUCCAAGGUAGUGUUAAAACUAGCGAUGAAAGUGUAGAAGGCUCAAGGAGUGCUGAUGUAUCUGUUGCUGCUCUUAAAAGAUCCUCAGAAUGCUGUGAGAAAGAUAAUGGAAUAGCUGAUGAUGCUUCCAUCUGUGUAGCUGGUAAGGGAAUAGCUGAUGAUGCUUCCAUCUGUGUAGCUGGUAAGAGAAAAGGAAACAGUAACAAGAGGUUGAAGGGGUCCGAAAUAUCUCAUGCUAAGACGUGGGAGCAUGUUGAUCAUGUGAUUAUGAACCUCCCCGCUUCUGCUUUACAUUUUCUCGAUGCAUUUAGGCGCUCGAUUCCGAGGAAGUACUGGAAGGGCUCCCUUCCAUGGAUUCACUGUUAUUGCUUCAUGCGAGCAAAUGAGAAUCAAGAGUUCAUCAUUUCGGUGGCCGAGUCUGCCUUGAAUGCCAAAAUCCAAGACCCUAUUUUUCACAGAGUCAGAGACGUUGCACCAAACAAGGCAAUGUAUUGUUUAAGCUUUAGGCUUCCACAACAAUGCUUCGACGAAGAGUUGACUAGCUGAAUUGUAUCCCGUUGCUACCGGGAUUCUAAGGUUGGCUCGUUUUUCUUAUUCAUCCAUACUGAGUUUCUUAGUUUUGAGAUCGUAAUUCGUAGUCGUUAAUGCGAUAUAGAUGUACAAGCUAGCUAAUAUGGUGUACUAGGCAAGCUUUUAGUCUCUAUACAUCUAGUAUCGGUUCAUUUUAGUUCAGACAACUGGAAUCUCAUUAACACAAAUUUAUGAACUAUGAUUGAAAUA